AAUGAAAAGGCGCAAAAACAGAUCGAGAAAACAACACUGGUGUGGACCGAAAUUAAAGUUUACGAAGAGGAAAAAUAACACAAAUAACACCGAAGAUUAUUUAUGAUUUUACAAUUAUUUCUGCAGUUUUUGUAACGAUAUAAGCAUUCAAUAUGAUUGAAAAGAAACCUGAAAAAGUGAAGCAUGAAGCAAAACCGCGUGAUGACGGUGUGGACCUGGAAAAUCAGUUUAUUCUACGAUUGCCCGAGGAGCCAGCUAAAGCACUACAUGAGGCUCUAUUAACUGGCAAUAUUAAGGAUAGAAUGACGAUAAAAAUGGAUAACGAAUUACGGUAUGGAGAACUACGUUUUGAUCAUUGGCUAUUACAUGCUAAGGUGGUCGAUUUACCAACAAUUAUUGAAUGUCUUAAAACCAUAGACAACAAGAAUUUCUACAAAUCCGCAGAUAUUUGUCAAUUGAUGAUUUGCAAAGAAGAACCUGAUGCAUUGGAUUCAGAAAAAGAGUCUCCUAACAAAGGCAAAAAGAAGGAUCCUAAUAAGGUGGAUAAAAAAUACUUGUGGCCACAUGGAAUUACACCUCCAUGUAAAAAUGUACGCAAACGGCGAUUCCGUAAAACUUUAAAAAAGAAAAAUGUGGAAGCUCCUGAAAUAGAGAAAGAAGUGAAACGCCUCUUGCGUAUAGAUAACGACGCUGUCAAAGUAGAUUUUGAAAUCAUAAAUGAAGAUUUGGACAAACGCUCUUUAGAGCAACAAUCUAAAGAUUACAAUGAAGGAGAAGAGGAAUACAACUUUGAGACCAUGAAUGACGGCGAUAAAAAUAACGAUUCUUCUUCACAGAAAGAUAUAAAUGUUGAAUCCGAUGGUGAUGAUGAAGAAUUACCAUCUGGUUCUGCACCGAUUGGUGGUGUUGGUGAGCAUGAUAUCUUUGGUGAAGAAGUCUCUUCCUCCGAUGACGAUGAGGAUAUGCAUCGGGACACAUCUCGUAUACAAGAUAUCGAGGAAAUGUCAAGAUUAUCAGCAGACGAUUCUCGCAUGUCAGAUUUCUCAAUUGGUGGCAAUGGUGAUGUUUUGGGCAAAUCCAGCAGUAUUAUGGGUGGUGCUGGUAUCGAUAAUGCUGGUAUAAAUAUUUCAAAAGAUAGUGCAACUGAAUUCGAAAAGUCAAUGUUUGGCAGUCCAAAAGCUGAUGCGGAUGAUAUGGCAUCAAAAUUCGGUGGUUCAAAUUCCAAUUUGGCAGCUCCAAGUGGUUAUUAUGAAGAGCAAAAACGGAACGACUACGAUGACGACUUUUCAAGCGAGGCUAAUACGGUACGGUCCCAUCUAAACUCCGAGCAGAUUCAGAUGAGGAUAGCCGAACUGCGUAGACAAUAUGAAGAACUAAAAACUCAACGCACACAAAAGGCACAAGAAAUAUCAUCUAUUCAAAACCCAACAUUAAAACAACGUAUGCAGGAAACCCUAGAUAACUUGCAGAACCAAAUGGACGAAAAAGAAUCGGAGAUCAAAACCUAUGAAAAUAUGAUGUGAAAAAUAAUUAUAUGUAUUAUAAUAAAUUAAUUUUUGUGGAAUUAUAAAA